UUUUUCCCCUUCGAGCAAGCAAGUUUAUACCUAGAUCCUUAUUGCCUGCAGAUAGAUAUUUCAAGCUAUAAUUAGAUUUCUCCUGCCUUCACCCCCCCCUCCUAGGCUCCCUUCUUGUCAAGGCUGAACAUGUUAAGCCGGAGAGCUGUUUGCCACCACCUCAGCUUGUGUUUCUUUCCACCCUCUGGCCUCUUGCAGCGACGUCCGCGGUUCUUCAAACUCAGCUGCUGCUUUUUGUGGUGCUGAGCACCUUCCCUUCCACCUGCAGCUUCCUCCGCUUUGUUCAUUUUGUUAAAUUUCAAACCUCGCCUGCGUUUUCUGUGCUCAGGCCUGGCUCAAGGUGAUGCGCUUGGGAGCGGGCCGAGGGGAGGCACCGACACAGCACGCACGUCGUGCCCCUAAAAGCCAGGUUUUCACCCCAAAGGAGUGCCUGGAAGCAUCACCAUGCAGGUAGCAUGUUUCCCCCAGCUUCCACUCGCGAUGGCAGGCCCAGAAAUUUGGGACAGAGCCAUCCCGUGAGGCAGGUCAGGCCGUCUCGCAGCCACCACAGCGAUGCCACACGCCCCGAGAGGCAGGCAUGUUCCAGCAGGGCACAGCUGCGGGCUGCAGCCAGGAGAAAAAGCCGGAUAAAAAGCCCGUUCAGCCCUCACGCCGCUGCCUUUGGGGCGUGUUUCUUUUAUUUUUAUCAUUAUUUCACCAGGAUUUUGGGGGGGGUUUUUUGCUCGCUUUCUCCCUCCGCCGCCACACGCCGGGCCGCGAGCGGCGGCUGCCGCUUUAAGAAGGCUCUGUGGAGGUAGCGGGAGCAGGCUGGCAAAAUGCAGGAGAAGCUUAGCUUUGCUGGAAGGCCGAGUGUAACCUAACCAGCUGGAGGAUAUGCCGGAGCUGAUUGACAGCAGGACCAGCAUUAUGCAAAUACCGCCAGAGAGAGAGAGAGAGAGAGAGCGCGGCGGCCGGCCGGGGGCUCUCUGAGGGAGCUCCCUACACACGCCGCGCUUAUCUGCCCGCUCGGUGUAACACUCAAUAAAUCGCCCCCCCAAAAAAAACAAUUGUUGCUUUUUUUUUUUUUUUUCUCUUUUUUUUCUCUCCUCUCCCUUUUUUCGGCCGCCCGUUGCGUGCGAAAUCCCGAGUGCGGUUUCAGUUUGCGCGAUGUGCGAGAGAGCGAGGGAGAUGUGUCAGAGCUUGUUACUCCGGCUAAAUUAGGUAAUUUUUAGCCGGGUAACGUGCUAAUCUUUAAACCUUUAUGUCUUUAAAUCCUGCGUGUGCCUGGGCUCUUCAUACAAAAGUGUAUUUUGCUUGUUUCUUCUCGUCUUCUUCAGUCUGAAGCCUUAUGUAGGUCAGGCUUGGCUUAAGCAGAUUUCCUGAACCUGCGUCAGCUUAAGCUGAAGGAAUUUUAAUAAACCCUCCCUUGUAGGCGUGGGCCUAAAUGAGACUAGCCUAGUUAAGCCUGAUCUUUUUCUGUUUGUGAAAAAGAGCUGAGCAGAGCUAGGGACUGCAUGGUGGCUUGGGGACCGGCUCCCUUCAUUCCCAGCUCACAAUGGUGGGGAAGGCCAGAUCUUCCAAUUUCACCUUAUCCGAAAAGCUCGAUUUGCUAAAGCUGGUGAAGCCCUACGUUAAAAUUCUCGAGGAGCACACCAACAAGCAUUCGGUCAUAGUGGAGAAAAACAAAUGCUGGGAUAUCAUAGCUGAUAACUACAACGCCAUCGGAGUAGACCGCCCGCCUCGUACCGCACAGGGCCUGCGCACGCUGUACAAGAGGCUCAAAGAAUACGCCAAGCAGGAGCUGCUGCAGCAAAAGGAGACCCCCUCCGACUGUAAAAGCAGCAUUUCCGAGCCAACCAAGAAAGUUGUGGAGAUGAUUCCACAGAUUUCCAAUGUGUGUUUAAGAGACAGGAGCGGUGUACAAAGCGCUAGUAUCGAUAAGGAAACAAUUGCUGGUACCAGUUCACCACAGGCAAUGUUGGAUCACCAUCCUGCGACAGUCAUGAUGGAGUUGCAGUCGGAAGAGGAUGUCAAACCUCCUCCUUCGUUGAUUAUAGACGCGCAGCAAAGUGAGAACCUAGAACACGAGGAAGAACACCAGCUGGUGCAUAUCAUGGAGAGGUCUCCUUCGACGUCGGUGUCUUCGGUUGACAUGAGAGUUAUGAUGUCUCCCUCUCCCGUACCCAGAAGAGAUGAGUUUUUUAGGCUUGAGGUCGGAGAACGCUUUAGACCGAUGUGUGGGUCUGACCCGCAGAUGCUGCAAAUGCUGAAAGAAGAGCAUCAGAUCAUAUUAGAAAAUCAAAGAAAGAUUGGGCUGUAUGUCCAAGAAAAAAGGGAUGGUUUGAAAAGGAAGCAGCAGCUGGAGGAAGAACUGUUGCGAACAAAAAUCAAAGUGGAGAAGCUGAAGGCAAUACGAUUACGCCGCGAUCUGCCAGAAUACAGCAGCAUCUAAAUAUUUUAUUACUCCUGUCAUAUCCCUUGAAAUACUUAAUAAUAAAUACUUUUGCCCUAGCAAAGUUGUUCCUUACGUUAAUAUGGAUGGAUCCAAAUGUGGUCUUGAAAGAUGAGGGCAUAUUUCACAUGUUGUUGUUUAUGUACCCUAAUAAAAAUACCUUGUAUGGGUUUGAGUGCACCACCUCUUCUGGUCUGAAGUAUAAUCAAAUCCCAUAGAUUUAAGUGGUUAGGAUGAUAAAAAAUGAUAAAUUUCUUCAAGAAAUUGCCUAUCCUUCCUGAUCUUAAUGAAGUUGCAGGUUCUUAAAUACAGAUGAAAAGGAGGAGUAAGGUGAUGCUUAAAUAUGCUCUUCAAGUUGGUAAAUCUUCUGACAGUGGUGAAAUUUUGCUGGUAUAUCAGCAUGGAAAACAAACUUACCGGAUUGUUAUAUUUUUUUAAUGUUCAGUAGUCUUUAAAAGAGUUAACACUUUCUAUUGUUUUCAGUGGGUGAGCGUUUCCAUAGGGAAUUAUCCAAAUAGAGGCAGUGAAGGCAAUACUUCAUCGUUAAAACUGCAUGUGUGCGUAAUUUGUGUGUACAGUUACCAUGAGCCUAUAUUCAGUUAGAGUAAUUAUACUGGUGAUCAGCCACAGAAAUGUCUAAUUUGCUCAUUUGCAUGCAUAAUUACUACUGUGCAUGUGCAACCGAGACAGUUGCAGGUGCCUUUGAUUGAUAUCUAGACGACUAUAAGCUACCAAAAUGAAAUAGUUGCUGUGUGUAAGUAAUGUGACUUGAAGUCAACAGAAGAUUCUUUGUUAUUCCGCGUACCUUUUAUAACUGCUGUUGUUCUGGUCUUUUGAUUAGUUUCAAAUAAAAAGCCCAAAAUGAGAAAGAAA